AUGGAGGACGGCGACUUCUUCGGUCCUGACGAUGUGGACGCCCUUCUGCGCGAGGCCGAGGCCUUUGAAGAGCCAGACGAGGACCUGCCUUUCCUUGUCUCUUCUUCUUCUUCCUCUUCUUCGUCUCGUCUUGUCGAUUCGCAUGUGGCGCCAUCUGCCGAUGUCGAUUCUUCUCCGGCGCGUCAAAAGCGAGGGGCUGAAGAGCGCCUUGAGCGGGCCCAGCGCGAACGACUUCGCCGAGAAAAUCCAGUGUUACGGCCUCUGGACGCGCCGCGGGAAGUCAUUGACUGCGAUGAAGAGCAGCUUUCACCCGCUCCUUCCCCUCCUGCAAAACGCUUCAGAGGCCACGAGGGGACGGAAGCAUCCACGGCGCCUGCCACUUCCGCGUCUUCGGAACUGCGCAGAGACCCAGCCGAGACCGAAGACGUCGAUGCGCUGCUGACCUCGUCCUACGGCCCCCUUGCUUUCGGAUUCGACGACUGGGGAGAUGUCCCCUCUAUAACUCACUGGUCGGCCAGCGAGCGCACCGCCCGGCUCCGUAAACCCGCUGCGGCGUCGCUUUCCGCCUGCAGCGCCGAGUUCUUCGCGAGUCCUCACGACUUGCGCGACCGUGUCUACCGUUCCGCUCUCGACCUUAAACGUCUUGCACUGCCAGCGCUCUCCUUCUCGUCUCUCCUGCCCCCGUCCGGCCUCGCCUCUCUCGCUUCGCGCUCUGCGCCCUCGUCCUCCGAAUCCGGCGAAGCAGCACCCGCGCGGGAAAUCCCCGCAGCGGGCUCGUCGGCCGCCAGGGCCUUCGCGGCUGCAUGCAGUCUCCAUGGCCAGCAGGAGUCGAUUCGCGUCUUUCCCGUCGAUGUCCGCGGCGGCGGAAUCCCUUUCUUCCUGUCCGUCUUCUCGCCGCAGGAGGAGCAACGCAGGCAACGCGCGACGGCCCGAGCUUGCGGCUCAGCUGGCGCGUACGGCGAGGACGAAACGGCGGGGCAAAACGACAGAACAAGGCACAGCCGGAGAAGAACCCUCCGCAGGCCGAUACAGGAGAUCCUCAGAGAAGCCAUGGAGGAAGAAGCCGCUGAGGCUGCAGAGAAGGCGGCAGAGGCGGCUGAAGAGGAGGCAGGCGUUUCCGACUUUCCUUCGUGGACUGCGAAGAGGCGCGACGCCGAGCAAGGUCGACGGCGCGACGGCGUGCGGCAGUGGACGGAGAAGUACAGAGCGAGAAAGGUAGUUGAUCUCCUCAGCCCGCCAGCGACGAACCGAAGCGUCCUCGUGUGGCUGCACCAGUGGCAGCAGCGGCUCCAGAGGCGGGGAAAGGACAAGAAGGUCGGAACGAGGGGCGAGGAAGGCGGCGAGAACGAGGAGACAGAGAGGCGCCGCAAGUUGCUGAAGGGGAACAAAGAAAGCGACGCUGGACGAGGCUCGAAGCGGAGGCUCGAGGGCACGGAGGAUGACGAGAACCUGCCUCGAAUUCUUCUCAUCGGCGGCGCCCCAGGCAUCGGAAAGACGACGCUCGCUCACGUCUGUGCCCGGCACUUUGGCUUCGACGUGGUCGAGGUGAACGGCAGCGACGACCGGUCUCGGGCCACGCUGCUGCCGCUCGUGAUGAAUUGCGUAACGGGCGCGGACAGUUUCUUCCACGCGAAAAAAGACAAGAAGGCGACUUCCCGCGGCGCGUCGUCGAGCGGCGAGAAGGGCCGGGAGACCAACGGAGCCGAGCGCGCCGUGUGCGAGAGAAGCAAGAAACCGAUUCUGCUCGUAAUAGACGAGAUCGACGGAGCGGCCGCCGCAUCCGGCGAAGGCGCGGAAUCCGUCGUGGAGGUGAUUGCGCGUCUCGUCAAGAAAAAAGACGCAAAAGGAAAACCCUUCAUCAAGAGGCCGGUGAUUUGCAUCUGCAUCGACUUGUACGCUCGCGUUCUUCGACCGCUCCGAGAAGCUGCGCAGAUCCUGAAUUUGAAUCCGCCCCCCCGCAACGUGCUUGCGGAGAGACUGGCCGAGAUUCUGAAGGAAAACCAGUUGACCGCGGACCGCCAUCUCCUCGAGCAACUCAUUGACAUCUUCGAGGGAGACGUGCGAGCCUGCAUCAACGCGCUCGACUUCCUGUCGAGGAAGUCGCUGACCGCUGGCGUUCGGGAAUUGCGACAAGAAGAUCUCGAGCUCUGUGCGAUUGGAAAAGACCGAGAGAAACAUGUCCAAGACUUUGUCCGCUUUGUCUUCACUCCGCCUUCGCGGUCGCAGGCGCCUCUUGGACCGGCCGUCGACGGCUUCUUGCCGAAACCGAAGGUCCCUUCUUUCCUCGAAACGUUCGAUUCGCUCGCCCCCGCCGUCGACUCCCACUUGGCGCCGUCCCUUCUUCAAGAGAGCUUCACUCAGGUGGUUCACAGCGACUGGACGCUUGACAAAGUGGCUUAUGGGACAGAGCUCCUCGCGUUCAGCGACUGCUGUUCGUGUCCCUCGCUCUUGGCGUCUCGGUUUUCUUUCGGCGGAGUCUCGACAGGCGGAAACGCCCCUGCGGCUUCUUCCCACAGCGCGGGGUCUCUGGUGCCUUUCUCGCUCUUCGCCUCGCACUUUUGCGUGUCGGCCUCAACGCAGUCCUUCUUCUACUCUCUCGGGAAAGGCAACGGUGCCGGACCGCUGGUCUCCCCUUCCGUCUGUCUCUAUCGAUUCUUCCGCAACAAGAAACAAGCCUGUCAGGCGUCCAUCGCCUCCGUCGCGUCCUUCGCCGCUCGGCGGCGCCCUCUUUCCGCUUCGGCCGGACCGGCCUCCGCUGCCUCCGCGGCCUCGGCGGAAGGUGAAGGCGGAACUAGCGUAGACGCCUCGACCUCUGCACUGGCGGCGGCAGCCUGCGCGGACUUCCUUCGGCUCUCUUUCGUCCGAGACACAGUCAGCGCGCUCCUCUGGCUAGCCGUCCCAACGCCGCGACACCGAACGGACUUCUCGCGCCUCCCGCCGUUCGCUUCUUUCGCCCUCCCUGAGGCGGGGAGGAGCGCCUCUGGUGGUCGGCGGUUCGACGCGGGCGACGCGGGGAAACCGGCCUUCGGCAAACAGAAGGACGCAGGCGAAGACGGCGAGAAGGACGCGGCGAAGACCGUGUGGAACCGGGCCGGGGCGGCUGAGAACCACAAGCGGCAGAUCGUUGAUUCCGUUUUCACAGAUAUGCAAAGGCACCACCCCGACAAACCGCUGCCGAGAGUCGCCCUCGGCCCUCUUCAUCCUUCGCGGUCGGUCGGCGCAGCGGGCGAGGCCGCGGACGGGUCGGUUCCAGGCAGCAGGGAGCCGCCGAGGCCAGCGAGUGAAGAGGAAAUGCCCCUAGGCGUGAGGGUUCUCUCUCGCAUGGCUGCUCUCCUGACUGCCUACGGCCUUUCGUUCAUCGAGGUUCGCCACGAAAACGACGUAAGCGAAAGCAAAGCUGCCGACUUCCCCCAGAAGCGACUGCAGUCCUCGUAUCGACUGGAGCCGCCGCUGGAUCUCCUGCUGGCUCUGGACGACUGCCGCAUGCAGCAGACGAACUACAAGCAGGCACAGCAUCGCAGCCGGCAGCGAGGGCCCGCUUUUCCUCCGCACUCUGCGGCGUCUCUCUCUCUUUUCUCUCCGGCCUCUGCGGGUGCGCCUUCUUCGCAGGCGCGUCUGGGGGGCCAUUCAGGAGGACGUUCUUCCACCUUCGGUUCGCUGGCUGCGCCCAACAAAAGCGCCGAGGACUGCUUCCUCGCGGCGUUUGUCGUCCCGGUGGUUCACCCCCUUGCCUCGCUCUCCGACCGAGCCUGCAGCCUCCUGAUGGAGGCGAAGCGUCUGCUGAAUGCCGACGCCUCGCCGUCGCCAAGCGUGCUAUUGAAGGAGCACAAAAGCAAGUCCGCACACAAGGGCGAGCACAAAGAGCGAGGCCGAAGGAAGAGUGCCGGCGAUCGCGAGGCGCCGUCCGCCAGCAAGAACGGGUCCUCGGCCUUCUCUGUUCUUCUCGAGAAGCGGCGAAGCGACUCCAAGACGACUCUCGCGGCAGCGAUCGUUCUCGUGCGAGAAAUAGGGUGGAUCGCGUUCAUGCGUGACGCGGCGAGGAGCAGCAAACUUGCCGCCGCUGGGUUUCCUGCGUUUCCGGCCCGAGCAGGAGAAAAAGAAGGGACGGGUGUAUCGAGAAAGCAAGGUCGGGAGAGCGCAAACGGCCUCUCGGGCGGGGCUCACGAGGGGGACUGUGUCCUUGGUGAAGCGGAAGACGGCCUCGGAAGCCCCGGUGGGACAGGGUCAGAUGAGAAAGCGCGUCUCUCCUCGCUGCUACCGUUUUCGCAAGGGGCGAAGAAGGGAGAGAACAAGAUGGCUGGAGCGCAGGGCGCGAAGCUGCGGCAAAGCCCAGGCAAAGCAGAGGAAUCUGGACUGUCCUUCCAGAGGAUGAGUUUCAAGGAUUUUCUAGCAGAGCAGACGGCAGUGGCUCGUGCGAUCAAAAGGUUCGGCUGCGUCAUUCACCAACUCCCAGCCUCACAGAAGGCGGGCAAGGACGAGGAGAGAGCUGUCGGCAACUUCGGAACGCGGUCCUUGGUCUUGUGUCUCCUGCAGAGACAUCAGAGAGCGAAGGCGAAGAAGGGCGAGAAGGGAGAUGGCGCCGCUACCGCCGAGCGUGAAGAUCAGGACGAGAAAGAAAAUGGAAACGCGGGACAGCCCUUGGAGGGAAUUCAGGGACCAGGCGGCAAGGAGGCGAAAGAAGACGGCGUUUCGAGGAAAGAACAGGACAAUUUCAGCGUGAUUCGCGACAUAGCGGAUAUGUAUCGCGCAUGCACGAAUGGCUAUUUCAAGUUCCUGGAAGGCCGCUGCAACGCCGUCGUCCAGGCAGUUGCCGAUGAUCUGUUUCUAUAG